CUGAGCCUUCCUCCUCACCUUCCAUCUCUCUGUGCACUGUGCACGCGGUGUCUGUCUGCUCCAGGACAAGGGUGAACUUCAGCUGCCAACAUGCCUGAGCAAAAUCAAGAGAGGAAACCCAAGAUCACUGCCUCGCGCAAGCUGAUGCUCAAGAGCUUGUUGCUGGCCAGGGCGAAAGAAGCUCUUGAGCAGGAGAUCAUUGACAAGGAGGAGGAGAAGAAGCGCUACCUGACAGAGAGAGUUCCUCCUCUGAGCACCGGCGGGCUUUCCUUCAGAGAGCUGCAGGAGCUGUGCCGGGAGCUGCACUCCAAAAUCGAUAUAGUGGAUGAGGAGCGGUACGACAUUGAGGCCAAAGUCAUUCACAACACCAGAGAGAUCCAGGAUCUGAAUUUGAAGGUGUUCGACCUGCGAGGGAAGUUCAAGCGACCCAAUCUGAGGCGAGUUCGGGUCUCUGCCGACGCCAUCCUGCGCUCGCUGCUGGGCUCCAAGCACAAGGUCUCCAUGGACCUCAGAGCCAACCUCAAGUCUGUCAAAAAGGAAGAUGCUGAGAAGGAAAGACCAGUGGAGGUGCGUGAUUGGAGGAAGAAUGUGGAAGCCAUGUCUGGGAUGGAAGGCAGGAAGAAGAUGUUCGAUGCUGCAUCUGCCCCCCCACAAUAGGAGGAUAGCUUGGGGUGAAACCUGGGAUGGACCGUGACGUAGUGAACCGAUGCGUGUGUAUAAUUGCUAUAGUGGAUAUUUAAAAAAUCUGGCUUUAGCUGAAAAAAAUAUGCAUAAUCUGCUGUGUGUUUGCUUUAAAUUCUGUUUAUCAUAAGGUCUGUUAUCAGUGGGGACUCCACCCUAGAAUAAAAUUGAAUUGGUUGCUGUUUUCAGGGAGACUCUUAUCUCUGGUUGUCCAAUGUAAUGGGCAUAAACCAUGAAAACAUCAACCAGUAAGCUUUGUUUUUGACAGCUGACAUUGUAUACAGCUGCCCUUUAAUUUCACAGAAAGGGAAUUUAGCUGUCUUGGGGCUUCAUUCAUAUGUGAUUAUUGUGUCAGUAAAACGCAGUCCCUUUACAUUCACUGACAUAGUCGUGCUUGCAUGAACACAGCCCUCUGUUUCAGUCUAAAGACUGCUCAUAGUAUACCUUAGAUUGUUAGGAGCAGAAUGUCUAGCUUACAGGAAGACAUUUAGACCUGAAAUAAAUUGAUUAUAGCGCCGCUAUAGCCACGGCAGAACUAUAUUGUACUGCCAUUUGUAUAGCAGCGUAGCUGCUUCGGCAGAUCAUUGCAUUUUGAUUUAAUCUGGGUCUUUUAGAAAAUGGCCAUUGAUUGAAGUGUCUGCUGGCUAUGUGUGUUUUCCAUUAAGAAUAUUACAGCCACUCUCAAAUGGUAGUUUGGUAUUGUCGGCAUUUCAUUUGAUACAAUGUUGUUUUUAACUCUCUAUCUGCUAUUGGUGAACAUUUGAAAUGCCACUGUUUGUUUCAGCUAAUCUGAUAAGCAUAACGAUGACCAAAUAUUACACCAAGGGAAUUUCUGUCUGCAUAAUACAGCAAUAAUAAAAUGUGUUGAAUUUU